AUGGAUCCGGAGACAACGGAUAUAUUUGCAGGAGACAUCUCUGUGGAGGAAUUCGACAUUGAUUUCGAAUUCGACGCCCCUCGAUUCUAUGAUUUCUCAAAACCGGAACUAGAUUCAGAAACAGAGGAAACAGAGCUCUGGUUUGAAUCAGCUGGAAGCUAUCCUCCUUCGCAAUUUUGCCUAAAUUUGAGAUGGAGAAUCGAGGACAAAUAUCUCGAGACCCCCAAACCCAUCUCAGAUAAAUACAACGGGUUCAUAUAUUACAACCAAGCUGCUAAAUAUAUUCCCAAGGCGACACACAAGCCUAAAGCCAAACCCUUUUUACGAAAAAACUCAACUUUGACGAGACCCACUGCUUCCUUGUUGGCAAGACAGAACAAACCUCUUGACAUUUACUCUGUUCAACUUCUCUCAAGAUGUCAGAGGUCAUUGGGGAAGUUCGAUGACAAGAUCUCUUCUCUCUUAUACUCCAUGCCUCAAAUCCAAGAUACCAAGAGGCAAAAACUUGAAUCCGGCUUCUUGCGCAAGGUAUCGCGGCUGGAACAAGCUCCUUUUGUACAUAAGAUUCCAAGGAAGGGAUCAAAAGUCACUGUUCCAAAGGAACCUAACCUCAAGACUGCCCAAAGAGCUGUGAGACACCACCGGUUUAAGGCUAAUUCAGCACCCGAGCAGAUCACGAAAUUCAGCUCUACUAUGAAUAGAACAGUUCAAGAAAGUUCUUCACCAUCUUUGCCUAAAAAGAAUACGCCUCGCUCUCAACGCUUCCAGGCAUUUCAUCUAAGAACAUCUCUUAGAGCUCGGGAACGCUCUUCAAAUGCUAAAAAUGCACACGCGGAUGAUUCUACACAGUCCCUAACUUCAAAGUCCGUUGGUUUCAGAAAGGGUAAGAAAGUCAAGGAAACUCGAAGCUCAAAGGCAAGCUGUCAAGUUUACGAAUCUAAGAUUCGCCCUCUAGACUCAAAGAUAUCAGUUAAAUGCGGUGAAGCAAUCGAAGUCAAACAUGAAAACAAUUUUCCGAGGGAAUUUGAAGCUCCAAAGGACACAGACUUUAGAUAUGAACCCUUUAUUGAAUCUCUCAGCAAACUAUGCCUCACUUCAGAUUACUGAUGGCGACAUCUAAACACCAGUCGCAGUAAUUUUGGAUUAGUUUCUUCUUUAACUCCAAGACAUGGAUAUGAAG